AUGUUUCUAAAACACGUCGACCUCACCAGCGCAUUACGGCCCUCGUAUUUACCGGAUGAGGUGCUUCUCUUUGUACAAGACAAUGUCGGCCUCUACGAGGGCAAAUUCAAGCUUCCAAGCCAGCAGAAUGGCCAGGUCUACCUGACAUCGCAUCGGAUCUGUUAUGUCGACAAGAAUGAGCCCCGCGCGAACUCGGUCGCGCUGGACCUAAAGGAGGUUGAUCGAUACGAGUUCUACGCAGGAUUCCUCAAGUCUUCGCCCAAGGUCACCAUCAUUCCAAAGCCUUCGAAGCGGUCAUUCAUCCGUGACCGCGCAAUACCAAACUCGACAUCGUCAUCCGCACUUGACCCCCAUUCUUCCUCUCUUCGGGACGGUCCAUUCCGACCUCCUGCUGGCCCUCCUCCGGCGACAACGGCGACGUGGGUGUGCACCAUUUGCAGCUUCUCCAACCCCGUGCCGGUAAACUUUGACCCUCAAGCGGCGAACGCGCACACGCCUCUACCUCCCUGUUUGGCCUGCGGCAUAAAACCUACUCUCUCGCACGUGCUGAAGGCGGCCAUCACCAACGCGAGCAACAGAACUUCGACGGCGACAGGGGUGUCAAAUGGCCCGGGACUUCCGGUUCGGGGCAAGGGACCCGACCUUGCUGCGCAGGCGACGAGCUCGGGAGAUGUCUCCAAUUCGCAGAAUCCAAGGAAAGGAUCCACGUCAGUCGCCGGUCACGCCGCCACCGUUCAAUGCCCCAGAUGCACCUUCUCGAACCAUCCUUCACUGUUAUCCUGUGAAAUUUGCGGUGCCUCUCUAAAAGUCCUGCCGUCACCGUCCAUGACAACGCAUGCAGGUGACGAAUUUCUACGAGCGCAAUCGCCCGGGCCCGUGCUGGACGGCAAAAGCAAGGCAGGGCCAAAUGGGAUACACGUUUCAGAAAGUGUCAAAUUUUCCUUUCGCGAUGGCGGAGAGAGGAUCUUUUACGAACGCCUGAAAGGCGCCAUAACACAGCGAAAGUGGCUGCUGCAGAACGCACCACCGGCGCCAAAGAGCGGCCGAAUGUACGACGGCGGCAAUGGAGCAUCCUCCGACACAGCAGGUGGCAAGACAAAAACCGCUGGCAUAGCAGGUCUUGAGCAGCUCGGGCUCAACAUGCGCAAGAAUGACGAGCUUCUCAUCGGCAGCGCGUUCGAAGACCUGGCUGCGUUGAUGUCUUCCGCCAAGGAGGUCAUCGCUCUAGCGGAACGCUUUGCCCGGCAGAAUGCGGCCAAUGGCGAUGCCUCGGCCGAGGAGAAGGCGAUUUUGGCCGAAUCGGCCAGCCAGCUGGGUCUCAUCACGACAAAGGAUAUUGUCGGAGGGGGCGCGUCGGAGUCGCUCUACCUUUCUGAGCUGUCUCGAAACAUGGCCGAGUUCCUCGCCGACGACUCGAGAGGAGUUCUCAAGAAAGCCGGCGGCAUCAUCACCCUCGUCGACCUCUGGGCCAUGUUCAACCGGGCGAGAGGUGGUGUCGAGCUCGUCAGCCCCAUGGAUUUCAAAAAGGCCGCCGGCCUCUGGGAAAGCCUCAAGCUCCCCGUGCGACUGCGCACCUUCCGCAGCGGCGUCAUGGUCGUUCAGGGUCGCGACCGCACCGACGACAUCACGAUCCGCACUCUUCUCGGUUGGCUCCAAGACUUGCACGAAUUCCCGCCCGAGCGCGACGUCGCUUGGGAUUGGCGCGAGUUCGGCCGCGGCGUCACAGCACAGGAGGCAGCCGAGCGCUUUGGGUGGAGUCUCGGGGUGGCGGAAGAGGAGCUCUUGAUGGCCGAGGACAAUGGGGCUCUCUGUCGCGAAGAGGGUCUGGAGGGACUGAAGUUUUGGAAGAAUUACAUCGAUACGGGCGAUAUUCCCCCACCCAAAAGCAAAGAGGAACAGCAGGAGGAAGAGAUCAUUCGAUCGCUGAAGGGGAGCGGCUUCGUUUAG